AUGCCAAUAUUAAUAAUUCUUUUAUCCUUACUUUAAUUAUCAUAAUAGAUUUCCUUCAUUGGUUAAACUGCUACAGGUAAGAAAAAAUUAACUCAAUUUAGAACGAUAUUUUCCUAAAAUAAUGAAUUGGAUAAAGAAAUAAGAUUAAAGAAUUGAUCAAAGAGUUGCUUUUGAAUCUAUACAGUUGAUGUUUAAAUUUGUGGAAGAAGAACUUUCGUAUGAUACUGAAAACAACGAAUUCUUGGAGUUAUUCUAAUAAUAGGUAAUCAUCAUCCUCCUAUUUUUUAGAUUUUUAAUCUUUGUCAAUCUAAAGUAGAUUUUGAACUUCAAAGCUAUUAAGCUAUGUAUAAAUUUUUGAAUGAGGAUCUUAAAAAUGAAGUCUAUUUCUUUAAAAACAUGAUUAAAGACAAGGAAAAGAUGUUGGAAUAAGAUAUUAAAGAAAUUGAAAAAUUAAAAAAAUAAACCAAAGACAAGAGUAAAAUAGAAUAAAAGCUUAAAGAUAUAAGUUAUCUUAUUAAAGAGAUAGACAAAAACUUAGAAAUUGGCACUGCAGAAAAAUUAUAUGGAUUAUUAGAAAUAAUAGAGUCCAAGGAAGUUAUUGGAUUAUUUCAAUAUUAAAAUGAAUAUUAAGAAAUCUAGUAGUACUUAAAGAACGUAGAUUUGCUCUUCAAAUCAAGAAAUUUUUAGUAAGAUAAAGUAAAUUUAUAAUAAAUUCUUUGUAGUUUGAAAUUGUUAACUUAAUAUCUAUGGUGAAAAAUGUUCUUUUAGAUUUACAUUUAAAUAUUAUAAUCAAAUUAUAAGAGGAAUAAUUAGAUGAAUAUGAAGCCAUGUCUUUUUUUGAAAAUAGCAAAGUCACUCAUUAGAUAGCAAGAGAUUACUUUUAAAAUGAAUUACACUCAUUUUUAGGUAUUUUUUUAAUUGAUUUAAUAGAAAUCUUAAUAAAUAAAUGGGAAAAUCUUUUAUUGAUUUAAGAAAAUACCUAAGAAAAUUCAGAUAUCUUUAAAAAUUUGAUUUUGCAACUUAAAAAAUAAAAUUCCAAAAUGAUUGAAACAAACAAUCACAGUAUAUAAUUAGUUAAUUUCUCAAUUAAACAUCUAGAAUAAGAAUUUUUACAAUAAAUAAAAAGAUAAUGA